AUGGCUCCUAUCAAGAACAACAAGAACGUCCAACCCAAACCCAGGGUUCUCACUUGUCGUGCAAAAGGCCGUCGCUUGACGCCAUUGUCGUCGCCCUCCUCUGAGUUUGACACCACAUCCCAUCAGCCCUCGGUCUCUUCGCAUGAGACUCCUCGUUCUCCGUCUGCGUCGUUGCCUGCUGAGGACCAGGAUGGUACUCCCGCGGGACCGUCGUCUGUCCAGGCCACAGAGACCGCGUCGUCCUCUUCCUCCUCCAAAGGGAAAGGAAGACAUUUCUGUGAAGAAGAAAAACGGGCAAAAAGGGGCCAAACAGUCUUCGGAAAUCUGUAUAUCAUGGUCCACGUACGCGACGUUACGAUCCCCAAUAACCUGACAGAGCUUGGCACAAUCAGCACUCAGUUCAAGAUCUGGAAUGAUUUGAGAGCCACGAUUGAGCAGGGACUGAGUCCUGUCUUGGGCGCUGUGGUAUCUGGCACAGGACGAAGGGUUGGUACUAUCAGCCCUCUUGGUUCCGUGUAUGCUAGGACCGAAACAACCCGUACCCCCGAGUUCAAAACCUUUCUGAGUAGGGUGUAG